AUGUCUGAAGAUCCUCCGGGAAAACCUUCAUUAUUGUGUACUGAUGACUCUGUAGGCGCACGAAUUAUGAUGUUUGUAUUAACGAAAGACACCUCAUCAACUCGCUCAGCAACAACCUCUUACUCAGCCUCCUGCACCACAGGUUUCACAAUGUACUCCUCAACUACUGACUCCACAAUAGAAACGGGAGUAUGUACCUUCUCAGUAGGAACUUGUACCUUCUCAAUAGGAGUAUGUACCUCUGUAGGAGCAUGUAUCUACUAUACAGUGGAUACUCUAAGACCCCGACGACGGGGUGCGCGAAACUGCACAUUCUACUCAGUCAUCUGUUUCUUAUGA